CAGAGGUUCUUCUUCCGUCUUCCUCUUUCCCUGCCGCAGCGAUGUCUAAGAGAGGACGUGGUGGUUCGUCUGGAGCAAAGUUCCGCAUUUCACUGGGUCUCCCCGUGGGGGCGGUCAUCAACUGUGCCGACAACACAGGUGCCAAGAACCUGUACAUAAUCUCUGUGAAGGGCAUCAAGGGUCGCCUGAACCGCCUGCCAGCUGCAGGAGUGGGGGACAUGGUCAUGGCCACGGUCAAAAAAGGCAAACCAGAGCUCCGGAAGAAGGUUCAUCCUGCAGUGGUCAUACGGCAGCGGAAGUCGUACCGGCGAAAAGAUGGCGUGUUUCUCUACUUUGAGGACAAUGCAGGCGUCAUAGUGAACAACAAAGGAGAGAUGAAAGGUUCAGCCAUCACAGGCCCCGUAGCUAAAGAAUGUGCUGACCUGUGGCCCAGGAUCGCCUCCAACGCUGGCAGCAUAGCCUGAGUGAUCUGUGUUUUUCAAUAAAAGUCUUCAACCACA